UAAAACACACCAAAAUAUAGAAAGAGAAUUCCCCAAAAUUUGUUUCGCUUUUCCUCUCUCUCUCUCUCUCUCAUUUCGUCCUCACAGCGAUCUCGGAAAUUAGGGUUUCAGGGACUCCGGGCGUUUCAUUUGCUUCUCUGGAAUUUGAAGAUCGCCUCGCACUCGGUGUUCUUGCUGGACUAGGGAAGAGGGAAGGUUUAGGUGAUUGAGGAAAGUGAGAUUUUAUGCUUAAUUGCUUGAAUUUUGAUGAGAAAACCAGUAAUCGGAUGUGGAUUUUGAUUAAAGUGAAUCUUGUCUGCAGGUUAUUUGCUUAAAUCGUAUAUUUUUUUUUGUUUGAGGAAAUUGGACAGUUGGAUGUGAAUUGAGCAUUGGAUAGUGAUCUGAUAUUGUCUUAAGUCGAUCUUCGUGUGUACUUAGAAUUGAGUUCUUGAUAAGUAGAGAGUGGCAGAUUUUUAUGAUUUAAGACCAUGAAGCCAGGACUUUCUUCUUUGAAUCCCUACGCAGCAGCAUACAUUCCAAUCUCCAAGAGGGAGACAGAUGAUAGAACUUUUGUGACAACGAAAGAUUCUAGCCACAGCAAUGAGUCAGUCUGGUUUGGGAACCCUCAAAAUUUUACCCAGAAUCAACACCAUAGCAAAGCUUAUCUUCAAUCUGAUGCCCCAGGGACUGCAACACUCCAGAGUCCAAAGUCUUAUGCUGUAAAGAGCUACCCUGCCCAUGACUCUUAUGGUUCAUUUUCGCAGAAUAUGAAUAAAGUGUCAGAAAAUGAAGACUUUGAUAUGGAUAUGGAAUUUCUCGGACUGUCAUUUCCUGGUAUAUCUGAUCAGUCCCUUAGUGAUGUUUAUUUGGCGAAUAGGGGUGACCUGGAUGCCACCAUUGACAUGCUGAACCAACUUGAGUUCUGUGUAGUCGAGUCUUCUGAAGGUCUUCCAGACACUCUGGACAUUGGAGAUGUUUCUGAAUCUGGGUUGGCAGGCAAUAGUGCAUGGAAGCCGAAGAACGUAGCAGGUGAAGCCAGCGGUUCACCCAAAUCGUAGCUCCCAAGCUCGUCUUCAGUUUUAUUGUGUGGGUAACAAAGAAAUGUCAAUUGUUUUACUCUUUUGACAUGUUUGGUUUUAUGGUUACAAGAAGUAUACAAAUAGAGGAUCGUCUCGUGGGGGAGGCCGAGGCGGAGGCACACAUAGUUUGACGAUACAUGGUUAUGGUUGUAUAGUUGUUAGAUGUUUGUGUUGUUAACUCUCAUGUUUUUAGACACCUUGAGGUUUUAUGAGCCAAAAAGCUCACACUGCAAUUUUCAUGCAACUCGGUUUUUUUUUCCAAAUGAAAGUGAUUUGCAAUUUU